AUGAACUACCAAGUAUAUCAACCCGUGCUGGCUCCGGACCAGAAACGCUCCCUCCCUCUCACCCGCGAGAAGCCCCAAGUAUAUCAACCCGUGCUGGCUCCGGACCAGAAACACUCCCUCCCUCUCACCCGCGAGAAGCCCGCAGUAUAUCAAUCCGCGCCAGCACCGGAUCAGAAACGCUCCCUCCCCCUCACUCCCAAGAAGCCCCAAGCAUACCAAUUCUCCCCUCUCAUCCCCAAGAAGCCCCGAGUAUAUCAACCCACGCUAGUUCCGGAUCAAUCCGCGCUGGCUCCGGACCAGAAAUGGUCCCUCAACCCCAUCCCCAAGAACUCCAAAAUAGAACAACCCGCGCCUUCAGCCCGACAUCGCUCCCCAUUCUCAGCUGCCCCGAACAAUCACAUCGUUGAAUCAGUGCCAACUUCAAGUGCUAACCUCGAGGAUGGCUCUGGCCCCAGCGGCGGUCAUCGUUCUAUAAAGAGGGAUGGCAAAAAACGACUACACUCUCGUAAUAAGUCUAAGCGAGUAUAUCCCUCGACUAUGGGCUCCUUAUUGGUCUAUAUCGCCCGAACCUAGUGUGUCUACCAAAUAACCACGCCGUGGUAUUAAGGAGAUCUCAGCUAUUCCGACAGUAUGUGAAGAAAAUACUCCAACCUUACCUUUGUAGGUCGGACCGAGCCCUUUCCAUGGAGUCGAAGGGGAGAGUGGCGACCCUUGAGAGUAUUUAGGCACCGAGACUCGAAAUCUGGGCGCGAAUACUAGUCUUUGCUCCUUUGAUCCGUGGUGCGUUCAAGUGUUGCCUUCAUGUCGUGCGGCGAGUAUGCAUCAUGCGGAGGCUCAGCCUCACGUGACAUGCGGCGAAGGUGUUAGGUAGAAGUUUGCCUUGGUACACUCACCCUCAAAGUCAGGAGUAUGCACAGCCAUAAGGCAUCAUCGUUCAAGCACGAGGUACUUGUUCCGGGAUUCUCGUUCAUAGUCGUUAGUCCAAAUGACCUUGAGCAGUGGUAUAAGAAG